AGCCCGCCGCACCGCCCACAGAACAGCUCCGGCCGCCGCGCCGCCUGGUUCUCGUUUCCCUUGUUCUCGGUGGGCUCGCGGGGCUCAGCACCGCGGCCGUUAGUCAUGUCGGAUACUGGAAGUUACAGUCAGUCUGGGGGUGAGCAGCCAAGUUAUUCUUCCUAUGGAAAUCAGGGCAACCAAGGUUAUGGACAAGCACCACAAAGCUAUUCUGGCUAUGGACAGACUACUGAUUCCUCAUAUGGACAGAACUAUGGCAGUUAUUCCAGUUAUGGACAAAGUCAAUCAGGUUAUUCACAGCCCUAUGGUGGUUAUGAGAGUCAAAAGCAGAGCUCAUAUGGCCAGCAAUCUUAUAAUAACCAGGGACAGCAAAACACGGAAUCAUCAGGAGGCCAAAGUGGAAGACCGCCUUCCUAUGACCAGUCAGACUAUGGUCAACAAGAUUCGUAUGAUCAGCAGUCAGGCUAUGAUCAACAUCAAGGAUCAUAUGAUGAACAGUCAAAUUAUGAUCAGCAGCAUGAUUCUUAUAAUCAAAACCAGCAGUCCUACCAUUCACAAAGGGAAAAUUAUAGCCAUCACACACAAGAUGACCGUCGUGAUGUGAGUAGGUAUGGAGAAGAUAAUAGAGGAUAUGGCGGGUCACAGGGAGGAGGUAGAGGGCGUGGGGGAUAUGACAAGGAUGGAAGAGGUCCUAUGACAGGAUCAAGCCUCCCUUCCACCUCAAACAGAAUCCCAGACAGGAUACCCAGCAGUGGUGGUGACCGCGGUGGCUUCAAAAAUUUUGGUGGUCACAGGGAUUAUGGACCCAGACCAGAUGCUGAUUCAGAAUCUGAUAAUUCAGAUAACAACACAAUCUUUGUGCAAGGACUUGGGGAGGGUGUGUCUACAGAUCAAGUAGGGGAGUUCUUUAAACAAAUAGGAAUUAUCAAGACCAACAAGAAGACAGGAAAACCAAUGAUAAAUCUAUACACAGAUAAGGACACAGGGAAGCCAAAAGGGGAGGCAACAGUAUCAUUUGAUGACCCUCCUUCAGCUAAGGCAGCCAUUGACUGGUUUGAUGGAAAAGAGUUCCAUGGCAAUAUCAUUAAAGUGUCCUUUGCCACCAGAAGACCUGAAUUCAUGAGAGGAGGUGGAAGUGGAGGAGGUCGGCGUGGUCGUGGAGGGUAUAGAGGCCGUGGAGGCUUUCAGGGAAGAGGUGGAGAUCCCAAAAAUGGAGACUGGGUUUGUCCUAAUCCGUCAUGUGGAAAUAUGAACUUUGCUCGAAGGAAUUCCUGCAAUCAGUGCAAUGAACCCAGACCAGAGGACUCUCGUCCCUCAGGAGGAGGUAGGUCAGCCUUUUGGAUUUCCGGGGAAGAGGCUACGGUGGAGAAAGGGGCUACAGAGGUCGUGGGGGCAGAGGUGGAGAUCGAGGUGGCUACGGUUCAGACAGAAGUGGAGGUGGUUAUGGUGGAGACAGAAGUGGCAGCGGUGGCUACGGAGGAGAUAGAAGUGGGGGUGGCUAUGGUGGAGACAGAAGUGGGGGAGGCUAUGGUGGGGACCGAGGAGGCGGUUAUGGUGGGGACCGAGGCGGCAGCUAUGGAGGAGACCGAGGCGGCGGCUAUGGAGGAGAUCGAGGAGGCUAUGGAGGAGAUCGAGGAGGCUAUGGAGGAGAUCGAGGUGGCUAUGGAGGAGACCGAGGCGGCUAUGGAGGAGACCGAGGCGGCUAUGGAGGAGACCGAGGUGGCUAUGGUGGAGACCGAGGUGGGGGGUGCUACAGUGGAGACCGUGGUGGUGGCGGUGGCUAUGGUGGAGACCGAAGUGGAAGCUACGGAGGAGACAGGAGUGGUGGUGGCUAUGGAGGAGACCGAGGUGGGGGCUAUGGAGGAGACCGAGGUGGCUAUGGAGGCAAAAUGGGAGGAAGCUCUCUCAGGAUGGAAAUCUAUUGAGUUCCCUGCUUAGCAGUUUCUAGCAUUUAUUUUGUUUUGGAAAUUCUUAUUAAUAAGUCCUUGUUUUUGUGAGUAUAUGGAAUUCCUAAAAGCUUAAGAUAAUUGAGAUUGAGAAAUUUGAAAUUGUAUAAAUCAGGGGUCCCUAAUCUAAGGGGGAAAGAGCACACCUUUCAUCGUGGUGUGCUUUUUCAAAUCACAUAUGCUGCCCUGCAGUUGUUUGUCUGGAGAUGUUGGUAAUACCUUUUCCAGAUGAAAAUCACUAAUGGUACCAGUGGGCAUGUGUUGUACAUAUGAAUGGAUGCCAAAGGUAAUAUACGGUAGUGAGGUUUAUUAUAAUGUGGCUAAGGCCAUAGAGUUUGGAGACAGACUGGGUUCAAAUCCUGGCUCCACCACUUACUGGCUGUGUGACUCUGGGCAAGUUACUUAAUCCUUUGGAGCCCUGGUAUUCUCAUCUGUAAAAUGGGGCUAAUGACGACCUCCUUCAUGGAGUUGUAUUAGAUUACCUUCCAACAGUUGCUGGUACAUAGUAAGUACUGUGUAAUUGUUACCUACUAGUAAUACUAUCUGUUGAACACUUCUGUAUGUGUCAAAGCCUGUGACAGUGUCUUUACACAGGUAUACCCUUUGUAUACUUUGCACUUUGCAGAUAAUGGUUUUUUUUACGAAUUGAGGGUUUGUGGCAACUCUGUGUUGAGAAAGUGUUGGUGUAAUUUUCCAACAAUAUUUGCCUGCUUUGUGUCACUGUCACAUUUUAGUAAUUUUCAGUGUUUCAAACUUUUUCAUUGUAUAUGUUGUGGUGAUCUGUGAUCAGUGAUUAUGACUUGCUAAAAGCUCAGUGAUGAUUAAGCAUUUUUUAUCAAAGCAUUUUAAAAUUUAUGGAUA